UGACUGUCGACUCUGCUGCGCUCCCUGUAAGAUGCUGCUCAGUGUCUGCCUCGCUCUUCUCUUGGUGAUCGGAGGAGCAGAAAAUGAGACAACUCGGCUGGAGCUAGUAAGCAAGAAGACCAUGGACUGCUCCGUUUUCGGUCAUGGAAUGAAUUUAAAGUGCAGGCGGGGAAAUGUCUUCUGGUUCAAAUCUGCACCAGACGGAUCACCACCCACUUUCAUCUUUAAUCAAACGACCGAGGAAAAGGCUGAAUGCAAGAGAGAACCACAGCAGAAGUGUGUUUUCCGCACCUCAAGAAACGUCACUGUCAACAACAGUGACCCUGACUUCUGUGCUGUGCUCUCAUGUGGACACAUUCUAGUUGGGAAUUUCUCAAAAGCCAUGAAUGAAUCUUCUCCUCAGGAUCUGGUGAUUCCAGGUGUGUUGGGAGGUGGACUCCUCAUCUGUGUGGGAGUCAUCGCUGCACUCCUUUACAUCAUCAUGAAACUGAAGCGAGAUUUGCUUGCGGCUACUUCUUUCCGGAAUCCCACCGCAGGUGACAGGAAUGGUCCACAGAGUGGCUUCGCUGCCAUGGAGGAGAAUGGAGAUGUCCUGACGUAUGCAACUCCAAGCACCACCAGUAGGAGAACUGCUGGCAAACCACCUGUGAGCCAGUUGGAGAGUGUGAUCUAUUCUAAUGUGAGAGUUGGAGAACCGAGGAUCUGUUUUGAAGACCACUGACAACU